AUGUCUUCGUGCUAUAGCGGUUUCGAUGAUCGUUCAUUCGAAUUUGAAGAUUCAUCUUACGACAGUGGUUACGAGAAAAGCUUUGAAACCGAUUGUAAUGUAACGCCGCGCAAACUAAUAUUCGAUAAUGGCGCUGAUUUCUAUGCUGCCUCCGAGUCAUCAUUGCCGGCUGGCAGCUACAAUAGCAACGGCGUAGGCCCCCUCAUGGAGCGCGCCCCAUUUCCAGGCCUACUCGAUGGGAACAGUAAUCAUAGCAGCCGCAGUGUGCGCACGCUGGUCGAACAUGUGAUCAGCAAAGCACCGCCGACGGAAACAGAAUUCGCACCCAAAUUAACAUCAACGCCGACAAAGAAUUCUCCCGGCGCUGUCGAUGGCAAUAACAGUGAUCAACCAACUGAACCACGUCCCAAGCGCAAAUAUGCCGUCGGCAAAAAUCGUGUAACGCGCUCACGCAGUCCCCUGCAAGUAGUACGCAUUAAAAAGUUUCGACGUAUGAAGGCAAACGAUCGUGAACGAAAUCGUAUGCAUACGUUGAAUGAUGCGUUGGAGAGGCUGCGCGUCACGCUACCCUCACUACCGGAGGAGACUAAGCUGACAAAAAUCGAGAUACUGCGUUUCGCGCAUAAUUACAUUUUCGCACUAGAGCAAGUACUGGAAAGUGGUGGCACAAUCAAUCUGGAUUUGGAAAAGUUACAGAAUUUCACUCUAAGCGGAGAACGCAUCACCAAAGAGUUAUUCGAUGCGAUUUUCAUCAAUCCACAACCCUACACAAGCAUCUUCGGCAUGGGUUGCGGCCUCGCUGGACGUGUGCCAUAUCCACAUCAGGCGCCACCAAUGAACGCACAACACGUAUACAUAGAACAACAGCAGUUACUGCAACGGGGUCGACCACCGCAAGGUUAUGCCUACGACAGUGACAUGCGUCCCUAUAAUAUACAACACGAAGCGCGCAAUCCGUUAUGUGAGCCAACGGCAACGCAUCCAAAUUUUUCACAGGAAAAAUACGAGUUAUAUAAAAGUACUUUCGAAGCAGCAGCUAAUAUACGAUCCACAUCUGCCACGUACAUGGACGUGUCGCCUGGGACUGACAUCAGAUCAGCUCGCUAUACAACACAGCCUACAUACACUCAACUGCCAACUGCGGACACAAACUAUUAUCUGGCGAAAGAUCAGUCAACAGCGUUCACAUCAACACCAUCCAUGGCGUCACAAGGUGCGCAUAUGGAUCGUAGCGGUUCCGUAAGGGAGCAAGCGCAGUCAUCAAUGUUGCAUCAGGCCAGCAGUUUCUACACCCAAACACCGCCUUGGAAGGAUUAUAGUGAGCAAAUGACGAACACCAAUAAUAGUAGUUUCGAACAGUAUUCAAACGUAUAG